GCAUCAGAUUUGCAUCAUGUCUUCCUCCAAACUCCAAGAUGCAGAUGAGGUUUUCGAUUUUAAUGAUGUGAUUCCAGAGACCCAGAGGCUGGACAGCAGCUUGCAGAAGGCCCGAGCCCAGCUUUCCGCCAAGGGCAGGCGGCAGCGCCCUUCCCGGUCCCGUUUGAGAGACAGCGUCAGCUCCACAGAAGGCGAUGAGGUCCCAGAGAAGAAGGGGAGUGAUACCUGUGGAAGCCCACUCCAUCGCCUGAGGUCCCCUCUUCAUGGCUCCCUCCAAGCCUCUUCACCCCUCUCAGGUUCCUCACCCUUCACUCGCACUGGGGAGUUCUCAUUCGACACCUCAACAACCCGGAGGUCGCUGGAGCAAGACGAGCAGCCGUCCUCGCCUCUCAUCCGUUACCGACCCCUGACCAACACCUCCUCCCAGGAAGCCUUGGGUAGCACCCCAACCAGCUCCUCUCCCAAGUCCUGCCCCAGCUCAGAUAGCUCGCCCAUCUAUGCACGCAGAGAGAGGCACAGCGAAGAUGACAGCCGGGACACGAGUCCACCAGAGCCUGCGAGCCCCACUGUUGGGCUUGACAAGAAAACUCGGCGAAAGUUCUUGGACUUAGGGGUCACCCUCAGAAGAGCAUCUUCUGGGAAAAGCAGGAAGGAGAAAGGGGGAAAUCGUCUCUCCAUGGGCAACAGGGAGCUGAUGGAGGGCUCCAGCCGUUCCUCUGUCUCACCCUUCAUGCCUUUCUCCUGGUUUACAGACAGCGGGAAAGGGUCUGCCUCCUCGGGCAGCACAGCUUCACCCACCUCUUCCCCCAAGAACGAGGCCUUCAGCCGCAAGAAAUCUGCCUCACAGGAAUCCACCUUGAGCGAUGACUCCACUCCUCCCAGCAGUAGUCCGAAGACUCUGAGUACUGCUCCACCCGAGGCCAAGUAUUCCUAUCCCUAUCACACACUGUCACAGUCAUCUGAUGAAUUCCUGGAUGAGCCUUUGAGUACAGCUUCAACCUGGAGCAGCCAAAAAGUGGGCCAGUGGCUGGAGAGCUUGAACUUGGAGCAGUACAUGGCUGAGUUUGCUGCUCAGGAGGUGGAUGGCCAACAGUUGCUACUCUUGGAUGGGACCAAGCUAAAGGCUCUUGGCGUCAGCAAUUCCCAUGAUCGAUCUCUUCUGAAGAGGAAGCUGAAGGAGCUGAAUGCAGCUGUUGAGAAGGAGAGGAAAGCUCAGGAAAAGGUGGAGAAGCAGAAGGAGAAGCAGAAGAAAAAAGAACAGGAACAGAAGAAAAGUUAGAUGGGGACAAGCAUUUCCCAGUGCCCGUGGCUUACAGCCUUCCCCCCUUCACCCAUGGAGCAUCUCUAGGGUGAGAGGGGAUGGUACGGUCUACAGCCAGGAAAGGGUGGGUGGGGGGAAUAGGAGGCAGGCCAGAGCCUGCGGAAGGUUAUGGGUUUGGGUGGGACAUAUACAGCAAGGCUGAGCUUGCUGUGGGGCCAGGCGUGGCGGAGAUUGCAGCAGGAGCUGAACACCACCCAGAACAACUGGAUAGACUGCAAGGACAGAGCGGGUGAUGGCUCUGCAAAAUGGCGCCCCUUGCCCUGCAGCGCCAGGAUUGUUAAGCAGCACUCUUGGUGGCCCAGCAAGCCUUUCCCGCUCCCCUCUUCCUGGCGUGUUGUGCAGAAGGUGGUAGUGAAGUUGUACACUGAUGCUACUCCUUGUGAACCCCUUCAGACCACUCCUCUGGACUUCCCUUUCAAUCCUCUAGAUGAUGCCAUUCAGCUCGAAAGGCCUAGAUGUAUUCACCUGUGUGCCAAUUACGUGUCCCUUCACACUGUCCCAUUCCUACAAGCCACAGCGGGGUGGGGUGGGUGGGUGGGAACCACAGCUGCCUCACAAAACACAGCCCACAGAGACACAAGCACACAAACACAUGUGCGUGUGCGGACCCACAGUGUUGUUCACCAGAACUUCAUCCGCUCCUCUCCGCCACUUCCCUCCCAAAUAGAUUCUGCAUCAGGUGUCGCCUCUUCCAGACCUACCUGUUGGGGGAGCUGGGCGGAAGGGAGAGGGUCGGCUGGCUGGCUACCUGUAGCUGAGAUGAGAAGAACUAUAUGUGUGUGAGAAAGACAGAGCUGCAGAUGUUUGAUGAUACACAGCAACAAAUCACAAUGGAAUAAAAAGCAGUUUGAAAUCA